AUGCUCCACGGCAAGAUCGUCCUCGAAGAAGCCUACGAAGAACCCGACAAAGUCGAAGCCAAACGUGCCCUCCUCGGCGAGCGCCUGGAACUCAGCAAGAAGCACGGCAUCGGAUACACGAUCCUCUCCGUCACAGGUCCAGGCUGCCAGAUGAUCGUCGAUCCGGACGAAGCCGCCAGAGAAGCCGGCCGUCUGAACGAUCAUCUCUACGAACAGAUCAAAGACUCCCGUGAGCAUUUCGGUGGCUUUGCAAGUCUGUCUAUGCAUGACCCUGUCCAAGCUGGCGAGGAACUGCGUCGCUGCGUGAAGGAGCUGGAUUUCCACGGAGCUUUGCUCUACAACUUCCAACACGCUGGCGCAGACGCAUAUACAUGGCACUUCUACGACGAACCGCGCUACGACGCCUUCUGGGCCGUGUGUGUCGAACUCAACGUGCCCAUCUACAUCCACCCAUCCCUACCGGCGGGCUACCACGACGAAGCCUUCGAGAAGGCGUACAGCGGGUUGGAAGGGAAAUACCUCGUCGGCCCGCCGUUUCAAUUCGCAACAGGCGUGUCCUUACACCUGCUCAGAAUAAUCGUCUCCGGCGUCUUCGACCGCUUCUCCUUCCUCCAAAUUAUACACAACCUCUACAUCACGACGAGCGGAGACUUCUACACGCCGGCGUUGAAGUAUGUGGUGGAGGAGGUGGGCGUGGAGAGGGUGUUGUUUAGUGUGGAUUAUCCUUAUGAGACAAUUGAGAGGGCGGUGGGCGUGGAGGGGUAUGUGGACGUUGGGAAGGGGAAUGCGAGGAGGUUGUUUGGGUUGGAAGGGGAGGAGUAG